UGUUUAUGUUCGAUACUAGAUCUAGAUCUAGAGUAUAGAAAGAUUUGAUAUCUAGACUCUAGACGUCUAUAUGUAGAGUGUAGAUCGUAUUCAUUAUAGAUCUAGAUCUUUAAUAAUGUCUAAUACUAGUACUAGUGUUGAUGGGGAUAUACAUUUACGCCGUUUGAAUGUAGAGGAGGAAAAAAAAUUAGUUGCUGAAAAGUUCAAGGAAGGGGCAGUAGAUGAUGGUGCUGAUGCAGAUUUUACUGAUGGUCGCAUCCUCAAAGAAUAUGGUGAGCCUAUUAAAUACGAUCCAAGUUUUAAAGGGCCAAUAAAUAACAGAUCAUGUACAGACAUUAUCUGUUGUAUCAUCUUCAUUAUCUUCUUGAUGGGAAUGGCCGUUGUGUCCAUAGUAGGGUACGCAAGAGGUGAUCCGAUUCGACUAAUCUACCCAACAGAUUCUCAUGGAAAUAUCUGUGGUUACGGUAAAUACAGUGACAAACCUUACCUGUUUUUCUUUGAUCUGGUCACCUGUGCCAAGUUGGGGCCAGCAGUGGUGACAGGAUGCCCAACACCACAGGUCUGUGUUAAAGAAUGUCCUUCUUCCAACUUUGUCUAUGUACAUAGUGUACAGAAUGUCAACAGAUCUGAGUUGAUAUGUAAGAUUGACAUUGACCCAACCAAGGCACCAUAUAAAGAUGUUCCUGUAGAUAAACUUGUCAAAGACCAGCUGUGCGCUGCUUACUACCUGGAGUCUAAACCAAUUAUUGGAAGAUGCAUGCCAAGUAUAUUUGCAAAAGCUCUAAACAAGGUUGAUGCACUGAAGGAUAAUAUCGGAAAUGAUAUCAAAAGAGCCAAUGGAGAGUUGGUCACUGGUGGGCUGAUUCAGAAUGGAACCAUUAACAUUGCCCAGUUUUAUAAACUGAAGGGAACAAUGGAACUUUUGUUUAAAGAUGUUGUCAACUCUGCACAUCUCAUAGUUUUCUGCCUGUUGCUUGCUAUGGUCCUGGCCAUGGUGUGGAUUGUCUUACUCAGGUGGAUCACUACUGUCAUGGUCUGGUUGACAAUAUUUCUCUUCAUUGGUCUCUUUGGUUUUGGUACUUAUUAUAGUUACUCCAAGUACUAUGAACUCAAGUCCAUGAACGUCACCUCCGAGUAUGGCCUCCCAGAAGAGUUUAAAUUUGACUUUCAGUAUUUCUUGUCACAGUCCAGGACCUGGCUGGCAUUUGGUUGUACUGGAGCCACAAUCCUGGCAAUCUUUCUGCUUAUUACCAUCUUCUUGUGUUCACGUAUCAUGCUGGCCACCAAACUGAUCUCGGAAGCCAGCGUAGCCAUCAGUCACAUGUGGUGUGUGUUGCUGUGGCCACUGGUCCCAUUUGUUUUACAGAUUCUAGUCUUGGCCUACUGGAUCAGUAGCAUGGUUUACAUCUCAUCAAUGGGAGAACCAGAAUAUUACAAUGCCACCAAUGAUGUAAAUGCUCUACUGGCUCGUCUCCCUUGUGAUCCAUCAGAGAAUGCAACUCUUGGAGACUUCUGCAGUUUUGUCAGAUAUGGUGGAGAUAGCUACAAGACGGCCAUGUUGAUCUUUAUGGUGUUUAUGUUUUUCUGGCUGAUGAACUUCAUCGUUGCCCUUGAGCAAAUGACCUUGGCUGGAGCUUUUGCUUCUUACUAUUGGGCUUGGGAUAAAAAUAAAGAUAUCCCAACAUUUCCCUUGUGGUCUUCAUUCUAUAGAAGUUUAAGGUACCACAUGGGAUCCCUUGCAUUUGGUUCUCUGAUCAUUGCCAUCAUUCAGAUGAUCCGAGCUUUCCUGGAGUAUGUCAAUAGGAAGCUGAAAGGCUCGGAAAACAAAGUUGCAAAGUUCAUUCUAACUUGUUUGCGAUGUUGCUUUUGGUGUUUGGAAAAGUUUCUGAGAUACAUCAACAAAAAUGCUUAUAUUUUGAUAGCAAUUCAUGGUCGCAACUUCUGUACUGCGGCUAAAGAUGGAUUUUUAUUAAUUAUGAGAAAUGUUCUGAGGGCUGCUGUACUAGACAAAGUUUGUGAUUUCUUGAUGCUCAUUUCAAAGCUGAUGGUCACUGGAGCUAUUGCUGUUAUUGCCUUCUUCUGGUUCCAAAAGAAAGUUCCAUUUUUUGAGAAGGUUGUUCCAGAAAUGAAUUACUUCCUCUUUGCUGUUGUGCUUGUUGUAAUUGGAACCUACUUGAUAGCUGAUUCCUUCUUUGAUGUGUACAGCAUUGCUGUGGAUACCAUCUUCUUGUGUUUCUUGGAGGAUAUUGAAUGUAAUGAUGGCAGCUCUGAGAGACCUUUCUACAUGAACAGGGACAAGAAUCUCAAGAGGCUCAUCUUUGUGCCUAAAGGCAGUGAGAAUUAAAUGCUGCCCCCCGAAACCUUAACAAACAGGUUUCAUUGAUUGCUCUAUGCAGUAACUUUGGUCGCAGUCUUGUGGCUUGGCUUGUUUACCUGUAUUGUAUUUGCUUUACAUCAGUGAUCCUCAAAAAAUGUAAUUCUGAAAAUGAUAUUGCUAACUUUUUAAGGGGAAGAUGCUCAUUAUGUUUAGGCCUUACACUAAGGAAAUUAUAACCAACGUAUUGACCUCUAUUAUGUUUAUAUUACAAUUGAAUACAAAGUAAUUUCAAAAUAUGAAACACACGAUUGACAGUGUCUAAAAGGUUGUGGAUCUCAAAAUGUUUAUUUAGCCGGGAUCCUGUGGAUAUUUUCUAUGAGCAGAACUUUAUCUUUCUCUGGGAUGCAAUGUUAAAUGUCAGCAAUGUUAUUUUUCCAUUUAUGUUUGCAUCUUUGAUGUUCCUGUUUCUUCCUACCACCAUCUACUAACUUGUGCUGCAAGAUACUUCCAUCUCCUGGGUUUGGCUUUCUGUCUGAUUCUACUGCCUGUGACUAUUUUGUUGUGUUUAAUUAGACUUGUGUGUAAUUUCAGUGGAAGAUUCAGAAAGAAAUGAUGGUUCAGCGGAGAGGCCUUACUACAUGAGCAAAACUAAGAAUUUAAAGAUGAUGAUAAACAAGAAAUAGAUGGGAAUAGAUCUUAAUAAACUUAAGGGGAUAAGGAGAAAUCAGAAGGUUAGAACAUGGCCUUAUAUCUUCAUAGAUAUAUUACUUUAAGGAAAUUUCUUGUAACGGAGAUAAUAUGAUUCAAUUUUAGAUAGACAUUAACAAAUAAUUUAUAUGUAUAAAAGUUUUUUAAACAAAAAGUCUGAAAUUUGAAGCCUUAUAAUAAAGCUUGGAAAAAAAUAACAAAUGACAUUAGAACUGUUUAAAAAAAAUGAUAAUACUGAUUUGUCUAAGACCUAAAUAUUCUCUUAUUAAAACACUAUACAAAUAGAAAUUGAGAUGAUGUACAUACAAUAAUUAUACAUUUCAGUCUACAGUAACAUAAUGACAUUUUGCAGCUUACUUUUAAAGUAAAUGUGCCUUGCUUUUGUAAACAUGUUAACUAACAUAUUGGUUUGAGAGCCGUUUGUUUCAAUGGUUCAUUAACUGCAUGUAGGCUACAACGUUGUUUGCUCCCCAACUAACUUCAUGAACUUGCAUUAUACACUUGUAUUAUGACCUUUCAUUAUAAGCUUGUAUUAGGACUGUGACGGGUACUUCUUUUUUUUUUUUUUGCUCUAUAAAUCUUUUAUGGCAGACAUUUAACUUUUUCUUUUUCCAUUUCCCAGGUUAUUGUUGAGACUUUUCAUUGUUGAUGUGUAUGUGUACCGGUUGAGUUUUUCAUUCUGUUUCAGUUUAGUUUCAUUUUGUAAGUUUAUUUUAGUUUCCAGUCAUUAAGUUUCAGUUUAGUUUCAUUUUGUAAGUUUAUUUUAGUUUCCAUUCAUUAAGUUUCAGUUUAGUUUCAUUUUGUAAGUUUAUUUUUGUUUCAAUUCAAUUUUUUGUUUCUCUUCACCCAUUAUGUUUCUGUUAUUUUGGAAAAUAUUUUUUUUUAAUUGCUUUUGUUUUUACAUUUUGAUAUUUGAUUCCAAGGGAUCUGUUGUGCAAAUACUUUGUGGCUACUCAAACCUUUUUUUUAUUGGUGGGGGAGU